UACAUGUACAUUAACUAGGAGGAUGAUGAACUUAACUUACUUGUGUUGCAAUAAAAAAUGUAUCACACAGGUUGUCAUGUCAAAAAAUCUUGUUAUUGAGGCAACCCAUCCAUCGAAAUUAGUUGUUGACUUGCUAGUUCGACUCUGGAAGCUAUCUAUUGACCUAUCAAGGUUGGUUUACCUCGCUCAGUGUAAGUGGUUCUUUAUCAAGUAAGCUAGAGUUGGAAAGGGAAGUUUAUCUAUUACACACUUUUGAAUAGUGGCAUACAUGUACAUACUACUUGACUUGGAGGAUGAUUAACUUAAAGGAUGGUGUUUCAUUGAAUAAUGACUAAAAUUUUGCUUCUCUUCUCCUGAAUCUUUCUCCUUUGCUUUCCCAAACAGCAUUGGGUUUAUUAGAGGAUUCAGCCAUACUCUUUGCAAUCACACUCCAAAAAGCCUCACCUUUCCACCACCUUUUCCGCGUCAACCCUUUCUAGCUUCACUACCAUGCAUCCCUUUAUAUAAACCCUAAGCCAUAUCUCAUCAUCAUCAAAGCAAUUAAGUAGCAAAACCCCGACAACUAACUUCUCAACCCCUUUCGCCUAUAUAUACCUUCAAUUCAAUUCCAUCUAUCAUCCCCAUUAAGUAACAAAAAGAUCGAAAAAAAAAUGAAGCCAAUCAAACUAGUUAUCGCCAUUGCCAUUACAGUGGUGAUAAGCACCGCGCUGACAAUGAACAGCCUCAAGGACGACAACGUGGACAGGGACAUAUCCGAACAGAAACCACCGGCGGCAACGGCGGCGCCGUCAAGAAGACCCAGCAGCCGUUUUCUGGCGGAGCAGAAGAACCCCAGAGCGGCGGACCACUGCAAGGACGACAACGAGAUCUGUUAUCUGGUGGAAGGGAAGAACUCCACGUGCUGCAACAACAAGUGCAUGGAUUUGGGCUACGACAAACACAACUGCGGGGCAUGCAAGAAGAAAUGCAAGUUCACGGACACGUGUUGCAGAGGGGAGUGCGUGAACGUGGCGUUUGAUAAGCGCCACUGCGGGGAAUGCAACAAUCGCUGCAUGCCUGGAGGUUACUGUAUAUAUGGCCUGUGCGAUUAUGCCUAAGAAUUUAUGUUUCUUCUGGUCGCGCACACACACAUAUAUAUAUACACUUACAAUUGCA